AUGGCCACAAGUGUAACGUCGCAACUACCAAACAAACCAAUACCAUGUGAAACGUGGAAACACUUAGAAGGUAUAACACUGGCUGACCCCAGCUUCAAUAAACCAGGAAGAAUCGACAUGUUGCUGGGAGUCGAAGUCUAUGCCAAGAUAUUAAAGAAUGAUGUAAUCAAAGGCCCACCAGGCUCCCCAAUUGCACAAAACACAAGCCUGGGAUGGAUCUUGUUUGGAAAUGUAGAUGUACAGAAAGAAAAUGAACAACUAAUUUCACUACAUUGCCUUGAUGUGGAUAUGGAUGACAUGCUCAAAUCUAUGUGGGAAUUAGAUGAAAAUAAACAGCGCACACUCACAGCAGACGAGAGAUUAUGUGAAGAGAUAUAUAGAACAACCCACUCAAGAGACAAAGAAGGAAGAUACAUAGUGAAAUUACCCAUGAAGUACAAAGAGCCAAGAGCUACACAAGGUGAAACAAGAAACAUAGCUCUCAAAAGACUACAACAGAUGGAAAGAAGGUUCGAGAGAAAUUCAGAGCUACAACAAGAAUACAGAAAGGUUAUGGAAGAGUACAUAGAACUGAACCAUAUGGAAGAAGUACCACAAAAGGAUAUUGAUAAACCUGCUGUGUAUUUGCCACAUCACGCCGUGGUAAAAGCAGAAAAGGACACCUCAAAGACGAGAAUUGUUUUCGAUGCAAGUUGCAAGGGCACAAACAAUGUGUCACUCAAUGAUGAUUUACUCGUAGGACCACCUUUACAAGAAGAUCUGAGAAACCUCAUCAUAAGAUGGAGAAUGAAACCCAUAUGUCUGGUUGCCGAUGUACAAAAAAUGUACCGAGAAGUUAUGGUAACUGAAGAAGACGCUGAUUAUCAAAGGAUACUGUGGAGAUCAAACUCAUUAGAUGAGGCAAAGGACUACAGGUUGUUACGAGUGACAUUCGGAACAUCAUCAGCACCGUUCCUUGCUGUCAGAACCUUAAUGCAAAUAGCUGAAGAUGAAGGUAAAGAUUUUCCUGCGGAAGCUAAAACAAUAAAGGAAGACUUCUUUGUUGACGAUCUUAUAUCUGGGAGAGACAAUGUAGAAGAAGCUCUUCACGCAGCAAUCACUAUAACAGAAAUAUUACAAAAAGCAGGUUUCAUUCUUAAGAAAUGGUCGUCAAAUAGUGAAGAAUUACUAAAUCAACUGAGACCACAACAAAUAAAUUCUGAAACAAAUAUAGAUAUCAAGACAGAAGGAACAAUAAAAGCGCUCGGGUUGACCUGGAAUCGAAUCAAAGAUGUACUUACCUAUCAGCUGCAUCUGCUUCCUCCUCCUGAAACAAUAACAAAAAGAAAAAUCCUUGCUGAAGCUCAAAGACUAUUCGAUCCGUUGGGUUUUCUUGCACCUGCUAUCAUACCUGUAAAAAUAGUCAUGCAGAAACUGUGGCGCGAUGGAGUCUCCUGGGACGAAGAAGUGGAACCUGAAAGAAAAAGAGAAUGGUUAAUGAUUAGAGAAAGUUUAGAGUAUGUCAAGGAAGUUGAAAUUAAGAGAUGGCAACAUACCUGUGAAGCCGUAGCAGAAAACACAACAGUUCACGGCUUCUGUGAUGCGUCCAAUAAGGCGUAUGCCGCUGUAGCGUACAUGAGAGUCGAAACCGCUGAAGGCAACUAUGAGACCAGUAUCAUAGCAGCAAAGAGUCGAGUGGCACCAGUCAAACCAGUGUCACUUCCAAGAUUGGAACUGUGUGGUGCCGUGCUGCUGUCUAGAUUGUUAAAGCAAGUUCAAGAGGCCACCAGAAUACCCAGUAGCCGUAUAUUUGCCUGGACUGAUUCUGAAAUUGUAUUAUCAUGGCUAUUUGGUGAUCCUGCGCGUUGGAAUGUCUUUGUGAGUAAUCGCGUCGUUGAGAUCCUAGACAACACUGGUAACCAGAGAUGGCAUCACGUUACAUCAGAAAACAAUCCAGCUGAUGUAGCUAGUAGAGGAUUAAUGCUAACAGAACUAGUGUCCAACACACUAUGGUGGAAGGGUCCAGUGUGGCUACAGAAGAAAGAAAUACAAUUCACUAGACCGAAAACUCAAACAGAAGAAGAACAGAGAAAGAUACAUGCAACACAAGAAAUGGACGUUAUACCAAACUUUGAAGAAUAUGACACUCUGCAAGAACUGAUAAGAGUCGUGACAUAUGCCAGAAGAUUUCUAAAUUUCAAAAGACACAACGAUACAGAAAAAUCUUUUACCACUGAAGAGUUGGAAGAAACAUUACGAAAGAUAAUAAGUACAGUACAGAAAAUAGAGUUUACAAGGGAAAUAGACGCAUUGAAGGAGAAUAAACCAGUGCACACCACGAGCGCAUUACGAUCACUCACUCCAUACUUGGAUACUGAAAAUCUCCUCAGGGUGGGCGGUAGACUCAGGAAUGCAGAUAUACCAGAGAACACAAAACACCCGAUUAUCUUGGGACACAAGAACACACUGGUUCCUUUACUCGUGGCCGAUGCUCAUAUUAAGACCAUGCAUGGAGGCAUUCAACUGAUGAUGGCUUAUCUGAGAGCCCGUUAUUGGAUCAUAAGAGUAAAGAGCAUAGUAAAGUUACAUAUUCACAAAUGUUUAGCGUGCGCCAAGGAAAGAGCUGCUCAAAGAACGCAAAUAAUGGGCGAUCUACCAAGGGCCAGAGUGACCCCAACGAGACCGUUUUUGCACGCUGGCGUAGACUUUGCUGGACCGCUCAAUGUAUCGAUGGCGAAAGGAAGAGGCACGAAAUGUUUCAAGGCAUAUAUUUGCAUAUUUAUUUGUAUGAGCACAAAGGCGAUCCACUUGGAACUCGUGGGAGACCUAACUGCAGACGCAUUCCUCGGUGCAUACAGGAGAUACGUGGCAAGAAGAGGAAAAUGCAGUCAUUUGUGGAGCGACCAUGGCACGAAUUUUGUGGCAGCAAACAAGGAAUUGACAAAACUAUGGAAGGAAGCCAAUUUAGAAAUGCCAGAUCAUGUGAAAGAUAUGCUCAUUGAAGAAGGUACCCAGUGGCAUUUUAUACCACCCUAUAGCCCUAAUUUCGGUGGUUUGUGGGAAGCAGGGGUGAAGUCUGUCAAAUACCACCUGAAAAGAACCUUAAAUCACAAUCUUACCUUCGAAGAGAUGUCGACGACACUAUGUCAAAUUGAAGCUUGUCUAAACUCCCGGCCCCUGUGUCCCAUUGAUACCGUGGAUGUAGACAAUAUUGAAGUGUUAACGCCUGGCCACUUCUUGAUCGGCGAAGCUCCCAUAAACGUACCAGAACCUGAUUUAUGUGAUACCAACUUGAACCGAUUAACAAGAUGGCAAUUGACACAAAGAUUAGUGCAACAUUUCUGGCAUCGAUGGCAAGUAGAAUAUUUGACCCGGCUCCAAAAUCGUCCGAAAUGGCAAAGACGCAGCACAGAAUACGAAGUCGGUGACAUCGUGCUCCUGAAGGAGGAGAGCCUGCCCCCGGCCAAGUGGGCCCUGGCCCGCAUCGUGCAGAAGCAUCCCGGCCAGGACGGCGCGUGCCGAGUCUAUAGUGUCAAGUGUCGUGGAAAGGUGAUAGUGCGAUCCGUUACGAAAUUGUGCGAACUGCCAGUGAACUGUGAGUGA